AUGUUGGGGAGUUUACCGCCCUAUUCAUCUACACGCCUGCCCCCGACGCUCCAACCAAUCCGGCAAAGCUGCCAGUCUCCAAUCUCAUCUGCUUCCACUGAACCGCGCAAAAAGGUCACCAUCAAAACAUUGCAAUCACUCCAUCGACGCGGAGAGCCAAUUGCUGUCCUCACCGCUACUGACUUCCCAAGUGGCCAUGUCGCCGAAGCCGCAGGGAUAGAGGUGGUUCUGGUUGGCGAUAGUCUGGCCAUGGUCGCACUCGGAAUGGACGAUACCAACUCGAUCACCAUGGACGAAAUACUAGUUCAUUGUCGAAGUGUGUCAAGGGCCGUCAAGUCUGCCUUUACUAUCGGAGACCUCCCCAUGGGCUCCUACGAGUGCUCUCCCCAGCAAGCCCUGCAGUCCGCUAUCCGAAUGGUCAAAGAAGGCGGAAUGAAAGCCAUAAAGCUAGAAUGUGACGCUGAGAUGGCGCCGACUGUUCGAUGCAUCACCACCGCUGGGAUCCCCGUGAUGGCGCAUAUUGGGCUAACACCGCAACGGCAGCAUUCGAUUGGUGGGUUUCGCGUGCAGGGCAAGACGGUCGCCGGGGCUGCCAAGGUACUGGAGGAUGCAAAGGCAGUGCAGGAGGCCGGCGCGUUUAUGAUUCUGAUCGAGGCGGUGCCGGCAGAGGUCGCUGCUAUUGUUACUCGACAGCUUCAAGUUCCGACUAUUGGAAUUGGUUCUGGAAAUGGAUGCUCGGGACAGGUGUUGGUACAGCUUGAUAUGUUGGGGAAUUUUCCGGAGGGACGCCAUGUGCCGAGGUUUGUGAAGACAUUUGCGGAUGUUUGGGGUGAGGCGAAGAGGGGGGUUGAGAGGUAUAAGAAGGAGGUGAAGGGUAGAGAGUUUCCAUCGGAGGAGUACACAUAUCCGGUCUCUAAGGAGGAUUUGGAAGAGUUCGAGACCUUGGUCAGGGAUAUUCCUGACGGAAGUAGAAAUUAA